CGCCCGCCCGCCGCCGUUGCGUCUGGGCGGGGCGGCGGCGUCCGGCCGGUCAUGGCCGCCUCCGUCUGUUGCUGCUUCUCCUGGUGGAGGGAUGGCGGCGCCGGCCACAUCCCGCUGAAGGAGAUGCCGGCGGUGCAUCUCGACACGCAGCGCAUGGGAACAGAUGUUGUCAUUGUUAAAAAUGGCAGAAGAAUAUGUGGCACGGGAGGCUGCUUAGCCAAUGCACCUUUGCAUCAGAACAAGAGCUAUUUUGAGUUUAAAAUCCAGUCCACAGGGAUUUGGGGUAUUGGAGUUGCAACCCAGAAAGCAAACUUGAAUCAAAUUCCACUUGGUCGAGAUGUCCAUAGCCUGGUGAUGAGGAAUGAUGGAGCUCUCUACUACAACAAUGAGGAGAAAAACAGACUACCAGCAAACAGCCUUCCUCAGGAGGGCGAUGUGGUGGGCAUUACAUAUGACCAUGUAGAAUUAAAUGUAUAUUUAAAUGGGAAGAACAUGCAUUGUCCAGCUUCAGGAAUCAGAGGGACUGUCUAUCCGGUGGUCUAUGUUGAUGACAGUGCCAUUCUGGAUUGUCAGUUCAGUGAAUUUUAUCAUACGCUUCCACCAGGGUUUGAAAAGAUCCUCUUUGAGCAGCAAAUCUUCUGAAUGUCUUCAUACCGAAAAUUUGCACCCUGCACUGUUACAAAAGCUCUGUCAUCUUAAAUAAAGCUUCACAUUAUUUUAGGAAACAUAUCUGUAUUUUCAGUAAGUACUUGUGACUGUUGUCUGCUGGAUUAAUAUGUUAACUGCAACUCCAGUUAACUGUGUUGCAAAUACAAGAUUUCUGACAAUGUUUUGUGCUUGAAAAUUAGUGUUUUGGGGCAAGGCUUUUCUCUGAUUUGUACUUGAUGCAUAAGGAGACUAAGGGAUAUUAUUGACAUCAGUAUUACAUUCAGUAUUUUGAAUAAAUUGGCGCUUUGUAAAGCCAAUAGUUCUUAUGCAUAUGAUAGCUAUGGAGAUGGAUAGUUCUCAAGAUGUUUUCCCAACUUUUUUUCCACACAGAAGUUAAGUUACUUUGUUUAAAGGAGGCACUGUGUUUCUAGUCUGUGAUUUGGAGUUGCGGUGUCUCAGUUGUGCAUGAUGACUAAUAAUAUGAUGGCAUAACUAGUAGCCGGAUACUCUUUUUUUUUUUUUCUUCAAGGUGUAAUUUAAUCCGUUCCUUCAAUUUUAGACUGGCAAAUAUAACUUAUCUAUUUCUCCUA